GAAAAGACUGACUGAAGUUAUUGAUUCUUCAGGUUUGACAGUGACUGCUGUGAAGGACUUUGGGGAGUGGAAUUUGGAAGCUGGAGCUCUGGUGCUUGCAGAUGGAGGCAUUUGUUGCAUUGACGAGUUCAAUAGUAUCAAAGAACAUGACAGAACCAGCAUCCAUGAGGCAAUGGAGCAACAAACCAUCAGUGUUGCAAAGGCAGGCUUGGUGUGCAAGCUUAAUACAAGGACAACUAUCCUGGCAGCAACGAACCCCAAAGGCCAUUAUGACCCUAAUGAGUCUGUCUCAGUCAACAUAGCUCUUGGCAGUCCCCUGUUGAGCAGAUUUGACCUGGUCUUAGUAUUGUUAGAUACAAAGAAUGAGGAAUGGGACCGCAUCAUUUCAUCCUUCAUCUUGCAAAAUAAAGGUUGCCCAAGCAAAUCAGAAAAGCUCUGGAGCAUGGAAAAGAUGAAAACCUACUUCUGCCUUAUAAAAAGCAUACAGCCAAAAUUGUCUGAGGAGAGCAACCUGAUCCUUGUCCGCUACUAUCAAAUGCAGCGUCAGAGUGACUGCAGGAACGCUGCCCGGACCACCAUCCGCCUCUUGGAGAGCCUGAUACGCCUCGCAGAAGCUCAUGCCAGGUUGAUGUUUAGGGACACUGUGACUGUGGAAGAUGCUGUAACUGUUGUAUCAGUGAUGGAAUCUUCUAUGCAGGGGGGUGCACUUCUUGGAGGCAUCAAUGCCUUACACACCUCAUUUCCAGAAAACCCAAUGGCACAGUACCAAACACAGUGUGAGCUCAUACUGGAGCGGCUGGAGCUGCAAGACAUCCUGCACAGAGAGCUGCAAAGACUUGACAGAUUGCAAAAGGAAAAUUCAUGCCACCUGAAGCCUGAAGAGACAGAUUUUGGUACUACCACAAGAUGUUUGAAUGAGGAUGCAUUUGGGCAGCCAGAGCAAAGGUCUCAGUCAGAACCUUCAAAUCAGCAAGAGGAUAACUCUGGGCCACAGACUCCUUUGCCUGAAGGCAGCUGUGCAGGGGAUAUUCCUCUAGAACCCUCGGGCAGUCCAGAGUGUGGUAAUAACAAAAAUACAAACUACUUGAUUCAAUACAGCAAGAGAAAUAAUGAUGUUAGCCUGGCAUGGUUUGACAGGCUGGAAGAGAGCAGCACUGAUGCUGAAGAAGCUUCUCAGAAAAGGUCUCCAGAGCUCAAGAUAUCUCCAAAUAACUUGGCUGCAAAAGCCUCCUGUGAAACAUCCUGUUUUGCUUCUGAAGAAAGAUCUGCUUCAAUAUCAAGCAAGGGAAAUGGAAUAAGAGAGUCACUAGCAACUGUGAGUCCAGUGGGUCCACAUGAUCCUUUGAAACAGGACAAAGUUUCCGAGUUAAGCAGGAAAAGGACUGGAGAACACAACUGUUCUUCUUCAGAAGCUAAUAUCCCAGACCCAGCAUCACCAAGUGCUAGUGUGCAGGAUUCAGUUAUUACACAACAUGUUUCUAAACGCUGGCAGAAGCUGCACACAGAGAAAUCACAUGGAUUCCUUACAAGUACACAGAACCCUGAGGCAAAGGCCCUUCCUUCAGUAUUACCUGCCCCUGGCCUGCCAGAUCUUUCAAGUGAUGCAGAUUCUGUGCUAGAGGAAGAAGGGAACAGUGUAUCUCUAGCAGCAAAAAGUACAACAAUUUCCAUGAGAAAACGAAGUAAAGAUCAAGUAGUGAAGGAAACAAAGGUAGUAAGUUCCCAUGAGCCAGAAAUCCUCGGCAGUGAAAGUCCCCCAGCUGCUAAACUAGCUAAAUUUUCUUUCAGACCAAGGACAAAACUUGAACAUACUUCAGUGAAGAAAAGUGAAGAUUUUUCUCUUUUUCAGAGUGAAACUAUUAUUAAGCCGGGAGAGCAGCUCCAGGGAAAGCCACUGGCAGAAGAAUGCUGCCCUCCUGAGAAAGGCAAGGUGACACUGACUCGCUUAGGGAAACGUAGUUUGGCAAAACAAUCAAGCAAUAAUAAAGGGAAAGAAGAGCAACAGAGUCAGACCUUGGGGAAAGAGAGCAGAGGAAGUGCAACGAUACACUCUGAUGUCAGUUUUGAUGCUGUGUUGCCUCCACCCACUGAGAAGAAGAGGGAGGGAGAAGAGAAGCUUGGUGGCCCCAGCACUGGGAAGGUGUGCUCCAGCACGUUAGCCAAGCUGUCAGCAUUCUCUUUUGUAUCCCAUCCAGAGUCAAAGUCAGAAACCUCCCCUGCCAUUAAGAUUGACACUGACAAGGAAAGCCAUAGUCCACCGCUGAAGAUGCACGUGAGCAAUCCUAGCAGAAGGAAGAGUUUUGCACUGGGAAAUGCUGGUAAAGCCAGUGUGGUCACACAGAAACCUCUCUUCUCCAUAGCAGAGCUAGAUGAUGCUGCAUUAGAUUUUGAUUGGGAUGAAGAAGUUACGAAAAAUCCAAGCACGUAA